GCAUCCCUGGAUGCUGUUUUGGGGUCGGCUCCGACCUGCUGAACCUCCCCCCAUUGUUAGCGCUGCCCACAAACAACCGAUGCUUCGUGAGCCCAGCGGGAGAGCUUUGGGCUCAAGGGACCUUGAAAAGCUGCCCCCAUUCCCUCGAAAUUCCCAGCUCCGCGGCCACCCCCGCGUACCGGUGCAGACGCGGGCAGAGCAAAGCCAGCGCCGUUCCCAGCUGCCAUCGGAGCCGCCUCGGUGACUCAGCAGCCGUGCUGAAAGCUCCCUUAUUUAUUUAAACGGCUGCUCCCGCUCGGCUGAGCAUCUCCUGCAGGGAUGCUGCCGCUGGGCCGGCCCCGGCCGCCGCUCGGCGAGGAGGAGAGCGGUACCCGGCACCCCGAGCCCCCCGGUUCGCUCCGGACGCGAUGGCUCUGACUACCUGGGCUCUCGGCCCCGCGCUGCGGCUCUGUGCCGCCGGCCCCGUCUGCUCCUGGGAGAUGCUGCACGUGGCCGGAGCAGGCGUGUGUGGCUGCUGCGGCGCCCUGCGUCCUCGCUACAAAAGACUUGUUGACAACAUCUUCCCUGAGGACCCAGAGGAUGGGCUGGUGAAGACCAACAUGGAGAAGCUGACAUUUUAUGCCCUAUCUGCUCCAGAGAAACUGGAUCGCAUUGGUGCCUACCUCUCCGAGCGGCUCAUCCGAGAUGUGAGCCGGCACCGAUAUGGGUAUGUGUGUAUUGCCAUGGAGGCCCUGGACCAGCUCCUCAUGGCCUGCCACUGCCAGAGCAUCAACCUCUUCGUGGAGAGCUUCCUGAAGAUGGUGGCAAAGCUGCUGGAGUCAGAGAAGCCCAACUUGCAGAUCUUGGGGACCAACUCGUUUGUGAAGUUUGCCAACAUAGAAGAGGACACUCCAUCUUAUCACCGCAGCUAUGACUUCUUUGUCUCCCGCUUCAGUGAGAUGUGCCACUCCAGCCAUGAUGACCUGGACAUCCGAACAAAGAUCCGGAUGUCUGGCAUUAAAGGCCUACAAGGAGUGGUGAGAAAGACGGUGAAUGACGAGCUCCAAGCCAACAUCUGGGACCCACAGCACAUGGACAAAAUCGUGCCCUCACUGCUCUUCAACUUACAGCACGUGGAGGAGUCUGAAAGCCGCUCCCCCUCCCCGCUGCAAGCCACUGAGAAGGAGAAGGAGAGUCCUACGGAGCUGGCGGAGAGGUGUCUGCGGGAGCUGCUGGGCCGAGCGGCAUACGGCAACAUCAAGAACGCCAUCAAACCCGUCCUCAUCCACCUGGAUAACCACUCGCUCUGGGAGCCGAAGAUCUUUGCCACGUGCUGCUUCAGGAUCAUCAUGUAUUCAAUUCAGCCACAGCACUCCCACCUCGUGAUCCAGCAGCUCCUGGGACACCUGGAUGCCAACAGCAAGAGCGCAGCCACUGUGCGCGCAGGCAUCGUGGAGGUCCUCUCGGAGGCAGCAGUGAUCGCGGCCUCCGGAUCUGUUGGCCCCACGGUGCUGGAGGUGUUUAACACCCUGCUGAGACAGCUACGGCUCAGCAUUGACUAUGCGCUGACGGGGAGCUAUGACUGCGGUGCUGGAGUCAGCACCAAGAUCAUCAAAGAGCAUGAGGAGAGGAUGUUCCAGGAGGCCGUCAUUAAAACCAUAGGGUCUUUUGCCAGCACGCUGCCCACCUACCAGCAGUCUGAGGUGAUGGUCUUCAUCAUGAAUAAGGUGCCACUACCCUCCACGCAGCAGUCCAUCGAUGCUGGCAAAGCUGGGGAGAACCGGAAUCGGCUGACACAGAUAAUGCUCCUGAAGUCCCUUCUCCAGGUGUCUGUGGGCUUCCAGUGCAGUAACAUGCUCACAGCACUUCCCAGCGUUUUCCUGGACAGGCUGCUCUCUGCAGCCCUCAUGGAGGAUGCUGAGAUCCGCCUCUUUGUCCUCGAGAUCCUCAUCAGCUUCAUCGAUCGCCAUGGGAACCGGCAGAAAUUCUCCACCAUCAGCACCAUCAGCGACAUCUCAGUCUUGAAGCUGAAAGUGGACAAGUGCUCGCGCCAAGAUACUGUCUUCAUGAAGAAGCACGGCCAACAGCUCUACCGGCAUAUCUACCUGAUCUGCAAGGAGGAGAACAACGUGCAGGCUCACUAUGAGGCUCUUUACAGCAUGCUGAUGCUCAUUAGCAUUGAGCUGGCUAAUGAAGAGGUCAUGGUGGACCUCAUCCGCCUGGUGCUGGCAGUACAGGAGAUUGCCCAGAUCAACGAGGAUAACUUGACAGCAUACAACCGCUGCGCACUCUUUGCCCUCGGUGCGGCUUACCUGAACCUCAUCAGCCAGCUCACCACCGUGCCCACCUUCUGCCAGCACAUCCAUGAGGUCAUCCAGAUGCGGCAGAAGGAAGCUCCCUAUAUGCUCCCUGAAGACGUGUUUGUGGAGAGACCCAGGUUGAGCAAGAGCCUUGACCGCCUGGGCCCAGAGGUCUUCUUCUGGCAGAGCAAGAUCAGUGAGGUGCUGGGGGGCAGUGGCUACAACUCAGACCGGCUCAGCACACCCUAUGUUCCCCAGCUGACAGAUGAAGAUCGCUUGUCCAAGAGGAAGAGCAUUGGCGAGACUAUUUCCCUGCAGGUCGAGGUGGAGUCGAGGAACAGUCCUGAGCGAGAGCAGAGAGCACCAGCAGAAGAAAUCACGUACGAGACGCUAAAGAAGGCAAUAGUAGAUAGUGUCGCCGUGGAGGAGCAGGAGCGGGAACGGAGGCGGCAAGUGGUGGAGAAAUUCCAGAAAGCCCCGUUCGAGGAGAUCGCUGCCCACUGCGGUGCCCGGGCGACGCUGCUGCAGAGCAAACUCAACCAGAUCUUCGAGAUCACCAUACGGCCCCCACCAAGCCCCUCCGGCACCAUCACAGCUGCCUAUGGCCAGCCCCAAAACCACUCCAUCCCGGUGUACGAGAUGAAGUUCCCGGACCUGUGCGUGUACUGAAGGUGGCCGUGCUGGUAGGGCAGAGCCACCACUGCACAGCUCGCACCAAAGGACCUCUCGGGGAGAGACUGCUGACCCUGUGGGGAGCACAUCCUCCUGCAGGACGGGUGGGGACAUGGACACUGAGGCCACCCCUCAGAUUCGUUGGCACCACAAACCCGUCUCCCGUACUUGAUUCUGUGUCCAUGUUUCACAGCAGUUGGUGGUGCAGGAGGCACAGCGGUGCGGGGAGGUGGGUAUUCGCUGUGACCUCCAUCGCUGGUUUCGUUUUUUGGGAAGGGCAGAGGAGAUGCUCUGGCUCCCAGCAGAGCGCGUUGUUCAUGUACAUCUUCCUAGCAUAAAGCAAACCUGUUCUCUGGGGAAUCCCUCCCCACAUUGUUUGUCGGCCACGUUGAGAGCCCCUGGCGAGGGCCAGGGCUGAAACUGGAGGGCGGGAGACUGUAAAAGGUAGGAGCGGGGCUGGGGUCCAGCGUGCUGGAGCCAGGGGCAGCCACAAAACCAAAACCUGCCCGAGCUGGUGCUUGAGUCAGGUGCUAGAGGGGAUGCACUUCCUACAUCCAGCUCCUGGCCUGUGGGCCUGCACCUUCCCCUGCUCCCCUCAGCACGUGGCUGAUUCCCCUGGGCACCUCACUGUGCCCUGAUGCCCUGGACAAAGGGCUUGCCCGGUGCAGCAUGAGGGUGACAAUUGUCCCAUCCUGGUGUGGGGACACACAGCAGCCUGGCUGGUCCCAGGUCACCUGAAAACACAAUUUCUUUGGGAAAACCCACCUCUUUUUUUUCUUUUUCCUGGCAAAAUCCACAAGAGCAGAGUCCCCCACCCUGGUCACGGGCAGGCUGCGCGUGAGGAGCCAGUGGGACUGGGGCACCUGGAGCAGUGGCACGAGGCAGGAGCAACCACCAUGCUGGGGAAUAUUAAACACAUUAACCCACUGUUUCCAUACUUUUGGGUUGUGUUUUCACAGUUUUGGGAUUCCUGUCUCAAACAAUUAUUGUUUUUAUUAGCGGAACACUUUGACAAAGCCCAGUCUUCAACCACCUGAGCCAUAAUCACAAAGACACCCUAGUGCUGAAAGAAAUAGCUGUGAUAAGAGGCGUUUUAGAGAGUCCCCUCUCCAGAUCCUGCAUCAUGCCUCUUCCUGUGCAAUAGGAUAAAACUGGAUAACUGGAUUUGGGCCCAGGGGGAGAUGAGGCUCCAGACUCUCUUUUUUGCUUUUGACACAUGUGGUUGAAAAUUCUGGGUCCUUUGAAAGCAAACCUGGAAGGUGAAGAUGGUAAGGAUGGGGUGGAAAGGCCACUUUGGGGGUAUUGAGUUGUUCAUAGGGUCUCUCUUCCUCUCAAAUGCCUUUCAAGUGUGGGUGCGUUAAGGCGAGCUUGGGCGCGCUUCGCAGUCGGACAGGCACUGCCUUGCAGUUUCAUCACCCUCCAAGCAGCCUUGGAGGGUCUCUGCUGCCAGCUCGGGCAGCCCCUUCCCCUCUGGCUGGACACGCUGCUUCUGCCUUUGCCACACAAAGAGACAAAGAAGGAUCUAAAGCUGGAGACGUGGGACCUGCUUCUGCAUGUGGCAGAGGGACAGCAGGUAAAUGCAGCUGCUUGGUUGCUUCAGGCACAACCUGUUUCUCCACCACCUCACUGUAGAUCUUCAAGCUGUUAUUUUAAGCUGUAAUUACACAUUACCAUCCCCUUUUCUUUCCUUAGUGGCAGAUACAGUUCACGAUUGCACUGAGGUCACCGCUUGUUUGUGUGGUCGUGCUGUAAUCCGGGUUUAGGAAAUGAUCUAGCUUAAAAGGACAGGAAAAAAACAGGGUUUAUUUUGGUCCCUAGGCUCCAUCACAGCACUGCCUGUGCCAGCCCGGUCCAGUGCCCACGGCUCUCCCCUUGCGUGUGCUUCUCCUUGGCAUCCCCAUGUGUAUCUGUCCCAUGUUCCUGAGCCCUUUUUCCUCCCUGGGUCAUGCCUGGUGCUGCUGAAGCCUGAGUUUUGGCUGGAGCAGGUUUUGGGGUGAGCAGCAGGAACAUAAAGCUGGCUGCUUUGCGGAAAAAAGUGUUUGCUCCUGUGGCUGUUCCCAUGGAAAGCACUAAAACUUCUAACAAAAAACAGCAGGAAAAGCAAUUAACCCCCAAAUUUGUGUCAGUGGGGAAAAAACACCCCUAAACCUCUUCAAAACCACAACAAAGGUGGGAAAAUGAGCACAAGGUUUGCUCGCACUGAAGGAAGGGAACCAAAGGAACACCACGGGGCACAUCUCGGGGUGCCCAUCAUCCUGAGGGGCAGAAAAUAUCCCUGGCCUCUGCUCUGGGGAUCUGUCCUGCGGGUUAUCCCUGCAGAGCAGCCUCCUGUCCCUCCACUCCCAAUGCUUGUCCCUUGCUCCACUGUGUGGGACCCUGCAGCAGGGCUGGGGCCAUCACCUCCUGGCUGGCUGCAUCCCCAGCAUGUCUCACCAUGUCCCCUCCAUGUUUUGGGACCGAAACUCCACCUGUAAAUGCCCCUCACCCAUGGUGUAAGUGACCUGUUUGUACAUCACGUUUAGUUUAGAUACUUGUGUACGUAUAGAUGACAAAGCAUAUUUCUAUAAAGUGGGCAGUUCCAGUGCACGUGUGCGUUUCCAUCUCUGUAUUUUGGAGCACUGUGGCGUUUCCGUGUGUAGCCAAGAGCAGGGGAGGAGAAGGCUGUUAUAAGGGCCGUCGAUAUUUUCAAACACACCAUCUUAAAUGCCCUUUUCCAAUAAAUGUUGAUGUUGCCACCUCUGGG